ACAUUACAACGUCUCAAAAGCCUCCCCACUGAACAAACACUUCUGAAUUCUUUCCCCAUAUUUUUCGUCUAAAGGAUUUAUCAACCAAAAAGAUAUGGCUAUUCGUCUGCCUGUUGUUGUUGCUGCUAAGCAAAUUCUCCGCCGCUCUGCUCUGACUUCAAAUAAAAGAGCUUCAACAUCUUUAGACGUACCAAAAGGCUUCUUUUCUGUUUAUGUUGGAGAAUCGGAAAAGAAAAGAUUUGUUGUUUCCCUAUCAUUCCUAAGCCAACCUUUGUUCCAAGAUUUACUAAGCAUUGCUGAAGAAGAGUUUGGUUUUAAUCAUCCAAUGGGUGGUUUGACAAUUCCCUGUCAUGAAGAUAUGUUCAUUGAUAUAACUUUUCGCUUGGAUAGACCAUAAGAGAAGGCAACAAAUACUUUUUUCUUCUUUUUUUUUUUUUUGUUGUGUAUACGAGAAACAACCCAAUUCAAUGUAAAUACCUUUUUCCUCUCCAUUUUUUGGCCAAAGUGACUUUUGUGAAGGGGAAAAAAUGGUUCCAAAUGAGUGGAAAAGGAAUAGAAAUCUUUCUCUUUUUCAAACA